AUGCAACCAUCAUCAUGCUUGUUGGUGACUCCUCGAGCUCCCCGAUCAGCUCGAUCACUCCGAUACCGCGAUGAGAAAACAUUUGAACCCAAGUUCACCUACAGCGGUGAGAAAGGCCCCGAUCACUGGCACGAGCUGGGGAAUGGCGAGAACUCGCUCUGCGCCUCCGGCACGCACCAGUCCCCCAUCGACCUCCACGCCGCCAGUGCCCAACACGGCAGCCCGACCGCCCUCACGCUCCAGCUGCACCCUUACCCGAACGGCACCACCAUGCACAACCUAGGCACCACCAUCGAGAUCCCCGCGCACGGCACCAUGCGAGAAGGCAACCGGACCUACCAUCUCGUGCAAUUCCACUUCCACACGCCCUCCGAACACCACCUGUACGGCGAGUACUUCCCCGUCGAAGUGCACUUCGUCUUCCAGAACCCCGUCGAUGCAUCGCGGAGAGCGCUGGGAUUCUUCGUCGAGCUGUGCGCCAGCCAGGGGUGCGGCGAGCCGCUGCUGGAGUCCAUCUUCGGCGUCGUGGGGACCGUCGCUCGUCCGGGAAUGGAGGCAUCGACUGGUCCGCUGGACUUCUGUAGGCUGGUCGAGCACUUCAAGAGCAACAAAAUCUAUCGGUAUUCCGGUUCUCUGACGACGCCGCCGUGCAGCGAGCCGAUCGAAUGGAUCCUCAGCGCGGCCCCGGUAGCCAUUGAUGCGGAGAAUUUCUUGUUGGCGAAGAAGGUCCUCGGGUUUAAUGCUCGUCCCGUUCAGAACUGAAGUCCACCUCGAAGCAUGCGCUGGAGUCGGGACUGCUUGUCAUAGAUAUGGUUCGGUCGUGGUGUUCGGGACUGGGAAUCAGCACAGGAUCAUAUAUAACUAUUAUAUGUUUAAUGAAGGGGGUUAGCAAUAGAGGAUAUGACUCGGGUUUCGGGACCAAUCCAUGAUAGGGUGGCGAAAAUAUCAAUUUAUAUACAAAAAAAAUGAUUUGGAGCCCC